AUGGAGACAGGCCUCUUUGGACCUAGCCUCUACUGCGUCGAACGUGAAGAGGAAGUGCAGAAGGGAAUCAUUUCUGAUAUCUUGGCUAUUCCUCGGCUCAGAGAAUCCUGGGUUCCAAACGUCGGGCCCCGGCUAUUUCACCCGAGAAAUCCGGUAGGGUUUUACGACACGCACGUCAAGCCAUGUCCAAUCGGAGAAAGUAUCGCAUGGACACGCACGCUGAAGGAAUAUCCCGAUACUCGUCGUCCUCUGAAGGCACCUCCUCGCUCUGGCUUGAUUCCGCGCGGAAGAGCCCACCUGCGACCCAUGUCUGAGACUUUCGAUGUCCCAGACACUCCAUAUUGGCAUGCUGUUGCUGAGAUCACAUAUGGAUAUGUCUGGUCCAUAGUAGAUGAUAAUGUCCUUUGCAAGGACUGCGUGCGUGGAACUUCCACAUGUGCCCUCCUCGCCACGUUUCCCGAUUAUUAUCACUUCUGCCAGGAUAUGUCCUCUGUGCUUGAAUUAACGGCAAAGCGCACAGUGGAAUAUAUCGCUCAUGUUUAUCGCUGCCAUCCCCAUGGUGGAGAACAUCAUAAGGUGAUGGAUACCUGGCUUGCCACAGUGCAGGCAGUCUAUCUUGACGUUCUUCACCCCAAAGCCGAAAGCCUGAGAUUUCCAGAAGAUGAAUUGCAAAGUAUCCGUUAUCGACUGAUCAAUGCGGGUGCUCGGGGUCUUGUUCUGCAGGCGAGACUUGAGAAUGGUCUUUUGAAAGAAGAUGAGCUCACUCUCGACGCCAUCUCGUUUGCCACGGUGGCCAUGCACGAUGCCUGCGAUUACCGCCAUGACAACCAAGCCAAUGAGUUUUAUAAUGUGGUAACCAUUGUCGGUGCGCAUUGCGGUGUGCCAGCAACUAAUAUGGUCCGUCGACUCUGUGUUGAUAUCUGGGCCUGGGCCCUCGAUGAGGGGGCCGACUGGGUAUUGUACGUUGCUGGGCGUUGCCUGGCCUGGCAGCUCUACAUGGCGCGGUAUAAAACAACAAUCCUCUUUGAACACCUGGUUCCGCCAGAUUCGAACAAUCAGCGAAUGGAGGACCCUUAUGGCGACCCUGUUCUGAACAGUAUGAAUCCGCUGCCACCCAGUGCACAUCCCUACGACUUUGAUCUCCGCAACCGAUGCCACAAGAAGGAUCGGUACGACGAACUCUUGCGCAACUGCUUAGCUCAUUUUGAAAGCUGCUCUGGCUGUUACCAAUACGAUAAGGUCUCCUGGGAAGCUCGAUUGUCACUCAUCGGUAAUGCAUACGUGAAGAAAUACUCCGACUGCAGUUGUUUGAACACCAUAGGCAUGUACAUGAUCCUCGCUUGCACGGAGCCAGUCUGGUGGGCUAUUGAUGAUGCUACAGAUUAUACUGGCCCAAUGGAAGAAUGGUCACCGAUGCUUUGUUGA